UAAUGAAGUUUUUGCAAUCAUCUUACUUUAUGUUUAUCAUUGAUAUAUGAUAUUUCCAUUAGCGAAUUCUCCCAUCAUAAAUUCCGUAUUACCGGGAAUUGUGUGCUAUGUUUGUGAAAGGUUUUCUUGUUUAGAAUUUUUUCAGAUUAAGGGGAAAUAAUCUGUAUUGUAACUCGAUUCGCUGUCAAAAUGUGUCCCAGAAAGGCCUCUUUUCACUUAGUAAACAAGCUGCGAUGUGUUAAAAAGAUUGUAAACCUCGGUAAAUGUGGUAAACAGUAGUUUUGCAACCUUGAGUCAGUUUGGGAUUAAGAAGUUCAAAAAUGUAACCACUUGUGCCAAAGAAUGAUAGCAAGAACAAGACUGAGGUUAUAAGUUACCAACAUUUUAUCAAAUGGAUUCAGCACCCUUGUCAAUGGUUUACCGAAGUGCAAAGCAGCUUCCAAAGUUGAAUUUGGCCUUCCAAGAAUUCUACAAACAUGAAGAAUUUUGUGACAUCACCCUUGUUACGAACACUAAACGUCUUCGGGCUCACCGUGUAGUUUUAGCUGCUUUUAGUCCUUACUUUUAUCAAGCAUUUUCACAACAAAACAACUACCUAUCGGAUUUUAAUUGUCAUCGUUUGGAUGAAGAAAGCUUGAAAUGUCUGUUGGACUUCUGUUACUCCGGUGUAAUUACCGUCGAUUCUGUUUCAGCAGAAAGGUUACUUUCUGUGGCAUCAAUCUUGCAGAUCAAGGAGGUGGAGAAAUUAUGCCAGACUUUUUUGCGUGCACACCAGGCGUUCGUAUGUGAGAUUGCUUCCGAGAUACAGGAGAAGAAUUCUUCACCAUCUCCCAGGGGUAGGGGCUCUACCGAGCUGUUUUUUGUGGAGAGCUCUGGUCGCUUUAGCCCAGGAACAAGUCCUAGUGUAUCAACAUCUGGACGGCCCGUGUCAGAAACUAGUUCAGUGGAGAAUCCCGACUUGGAGAUUGUCAAACAAGAACAUCCGGAGCCAGCAAGCAGAGAAGAGCAUGCUAGAGAGGAACUUGUGUCACCAGCCACUUUAGCAAAGCGAAUGCACUACUUGCCAAACCCAGGCUUGAAUAUUAUUGACAUGACCCAGUUAUCUCCUACUUACCUAGGAACUCCUUACCCUCGCCCUUUAUUGUUUCCACGGCCGUCUCCACAACCUUUCCACCUGUUUGCUCCUAAACCGAGAGAGAAGAACAAAUCAGAGAACAGUACUGAUAUUGAUCAACACAGAACAGAAGACCACCAUGACCCAAGUGUUAACAUAUCUAUAGAGACAAAUUUUCCUCAGAAACCUGUAGAUUCUGUUGGAUUAAGCCAGUCUAAUUUAGGAAAGCACCCCUCUCCUACUGAGAAUGAGGUGGAGAACACUGGGCUCUAUCACACAUGCUCUAUAUGUCAACAAAAGUUCAACAGCAGUAAAACUCUUGGUAUUCACAUGGUUCUUCAUGAAAGGGGCCAUCCAUCUUUUAUACCAAAGCGUAACAGGAAGUCGACCUUCCCUCAGAAGCAUGAGCACACAAGAAGUGAGUUAGGAAGUUCUUCAGGAGAACUGUUCACUUGUAGUACGUGUGGCAAAAGCUUCAGAGACAACAGAUCCCUUAAAUUUCACAGAUACAACCAUGUCCUGCGCCAUGUGUGUCCCAUCUGCGGCAAGCGGUUCUCUCGCAGCUGGAAUCUGCAGCGACACAAGAAGUCACAUUUCAAAGUAGGUAUGUCUGGAUGGCAGCUGACUUCUGAAAACUCAGAAGAUUUAACCCGAUCAGAAGAGGAGGGAGAGAAUCUGAAUUCCUCUUUCACUGAUGAAGAGAAUCAAAUGGCCUCUGCUCAUAUAGCAGAGGAACCUGUUGAUUUGACUGAAGCAGGCAAAUCUGAAAGGUCUGAACUUGGACCUUGAAUAUUUAUUAGUCCAAAUAAAGUGUAAUGUGCAAUGGUUUGUUUAAUGGUAGAUUUCUUUUCUCUUCAUCCUAUGUCUAUUUUCAUCAAUUUUUUGAUAGUUAUAUGGAUUGUGUUUUAUUAUUUGGUGUUUAUUCCAAACUUAUAAGGGAUUUUGUCUCAAAGAUGGAAUGUACAUGUAGUUGCAGUCCUGCUCACUCUAUGGCUGGUUCCAUGUUUGUACUUUCUCACCAAGGUUUUCAUCUGGAGAUCCCUUUAUCACAGUUUUGUUGCAACUACUAAUCGGAACUUUUCAUGCUGAAAAUGGAUUGGCAUGAUCCAUCAUUUGGUAAUGCACCACACAAAUUGCAAAUACUGUUUAAGUGGAAGUUUUAGGAGACACAAGUUUAGCAAUUUUCCCAUAGAAAAGGGUAUAUAUAUUUAGCGGGAGCUAAUUUUAGCGACUUUAUAAUUCCAGGAAAGACAGUUCUUACCUCCAAUAUGGAGUAAAUUGUUAGCGAUAUUCAAUUUUAGCGAUCUAAUCACUUUCGCUAGUACUGCCAAAAUUAAAUCCUUGCUAAACCUUCUGCUUAUAUGGUAAGUCAUCUACUUUCCAUAAUGCAUCUAUGACAUUUACCUGGGUAGACAUAAUGCAUCUAUGACAUUUACCAGGGUAGACCACAUGCAAAGUUAAGUUACACCGAAUUCUACACAAUUCUCAUCAUGCUGACAGGAGUGUGACCCAUUCUCAUGGUACCUCUUCACAAAUCAAUGGGGCAAUUUGUUUGCGUUUGCUAGUUACAUGCAAGUUUUUUGUGCACACAUAUUUUUAGCGUACCUGAGCUGAAAGCUCAAGUGAGCUAUUUUGAUUACCUGUUUUGUCCAUCCGUCUGUAAACUUUUCACAUUUUCAUCUUCUUCUCCAGAACAACUGGGCCAAUUUCAAUCAAUCUUGGUAUACAUCAUCCACGGGUGAAGGGGAUUUAAGUUUAUUAAAUGAAGGGCCAUACCUCCUUCUAAAGGGAGAUAAUUAUGAAAAUGAAAAAAUGGGGUUGGGUCAUUUAAAAAUCUUCUCAAGAACCACUGGGCCAGAAAAGUUCAAAUUUACAUGAAAGCUUCCUGACAUAGUGCAGAUUCAAGUUUGUUCAAAUUACGGUUCCCGGGAAUAGGAUGGGGCCACAAUGGGGGAUCAAAGUUUUACAUGCAUAAAGGGAAAAUCUUGAAAAAUCUUCUUUUCAAGAACUACUGAGUGAGAAAAGUUAACAUUUACAUAAAAGCUUCCCGACACAGAGCAGAUUCAAGUUUGUUCAAAUCAUGACUCCUGGGGGUAGAGUGUGGCAAUAAUAUAAAGGGGGUUCAAAGUGUUAUAUGCUGAUAUAUGGGGAAAUUAUCUCUUGAACUAUCUAGGCUAGGGUUUUCAUAUUUACAUCUUUUACGAAAAGACCUCUGUGAUGCAAUGGUGUGUGAUAUUGUUACCUUGACCUGGAAGUUUGACCUACUUUUAAUAAAAAUCUGACCUAUACAAAAUAUCCCGAACUAUUUUAAUGCCUCGUUCACACGGAUGCGCAUUAAAUUUUACUUCGAAUCAAAUUUGAUGCAAAGUAAAAUAAUGCGCAUUAAACUAAUUCGAAUUAAAUAGCGUUCACACGGCGGUAAUGUUUAAUGCUAAGUAAACUAAUGCGCAUUAAAUUCGUAUGCAUCUCUAUUAAAGGGUGCACGAAAUAAUAGAAUAGACUUUGUUACUGAAAAUUAUUUUUAUGGAUAUUUUACUGAAUAUUGUGUAGAUACAGAAUUCUUUGUUCAAAACGUUAUAUAGGCCUAUAUGUAGUAUACUACAUGUUUACAAUUUACAUACAUAACUGAUCUACACAUAAAGAGUUUUUUGUCAUGUUUAUUUAUAUGUUCCCAAGAAAUUACUUCUUAUUUCCUCUGACAACCAACAUUCAAUCAAGACAAUAUCUUGUUUCUUCAUGGGCCCAAUUUUAAAACUUCGGCACGUCUUUUUCACCAUUCCGCUGACUAUUGUUGUAACGUAAUUUUAAUUACUAAUACGUAUUAUAAGUCUACUAUGACGUCAUAUGGUAUAAAAAUUAACAAUGAGCGGCAUAUUUGUUUUAAAAAAUGUAAAUAAGAAAAUCAUAUUAUCACUAUUUUAAAACGUUGUCGUAUUUAAAAACAAUUCCUUCCACAUGUAUUACUCAGUAUGCCUAUGCAGAGCACAUAUUUAUGUCUGACAUUAUCUAAUGACAUGCUGUUUGUACAUGUUUUUAGUGAUUAUUAUCAUUUUGCUUAGUUUUUCGUACAAAACUAACAUUAAUAUAUAUAGCUGACCAUGGGUAUGAUGCAUGUGACCCAAAUUGGCCAUUACGCAUGCGUCUACAGUUAAUUCGAAUUAGCUUCGCUUAGCGUUCACACGGAGCUAAUGCGAAGUAAAUUAAAUCGCGACGUCAAUUUUAAUUCGAAGUAAACUAAUGUGCAUUAAAAUCUCCAUGUGAACGCAGUUCAGAUUUAAUUCGCAUUAACUUAUGUUUAAUGCGAAUUAAAUUCUUCGUGUGAACGAGGCAUUAGAUGGAUCUUUCAUAUCCUGUAUAUAUAUUUCUUAUGGCAAUUAAGACCUUUCAAUUCUUAUCAUGAUCUUUGACCAUGAACUCGCAGUUUGACCUACUUUUAAGAAAACAUAACCUAUUAAAUAUAUUCAUAACUAUUUUCGGUGGGGCAUUCUAAUUUUGCAUAUACAUUAGUUUCUUUAUUGCAACACCUUGGCACACAAUUGGGUUUGGUCUUUUUGACUUCUAUAUUUCAAAUUUUGUAAAUCGGUUCUUUAUUGCAAGACUAUUAUUUUGUGAAGCUCGAUAUUGUGACCUGGACGUUGGACUUCUUUUAAUAAAAAUCAUACCUAUUUAAUAUUUCCUGAACUAUUUAAGAUAGAGCUUUCAUAUGAUGUACAUAGAUUUCUUUUGGCAAGGUCUUCAUGAUUAAUGACCUUGGUCUUAUCCAAAACAGCAAGAUCAGGUUAGUCAUGUUGGUGUUGAGGCAUCUCUGUUAUGUGAAUUCAUUUUCAGUUAUGUUGUGAUCUUUUGUGGUGAGGUUAGACUCGCAGUGAAUAUGAGGUCAAAUUUUUUCAUGGGAAUGAAGAUGGAUAAAAAAAUCUUUUACAAACACAACAUCUGAUCAAUGGCAGGGCCAAGGUGACUCGGGUGAGAAAUGUGACCCAUGGUCUUGUUUAAAAUUUGGUUGCACUUUUUCCAAUAACACUAACUCUUCCAUAUUUGAUAUAAAGUGUCCUUUUGGUUUCCUGCAUCCUACUCGAGUGAAACAUUUUUAUCCCUGUGUAAACUUCAAGGAACAUUCAGUAAUUUGCACGGAUACAUGUAUAUAUUACAUGUAAGAAUUAUGUUGCUUUUAUCCAACAUCAGUUGACAUCUUGAUUUUUGUUCCAAUCUCCAGGUUACGUCUUUACUAUGCGAUGCGAUUAUUUUCUUGUAUACUUUCAUUUACGACAUGCGUGUAUUUUCCUUUCAGUCAAAAGAGCAUGGUCAUAUAUACUUGUAUAUUGUUGAUUACUCACAUUUUGUAGCUUAUCCCAGUCUGCUUUGUAUUCUGAAUCAUUUUCUGUGUGAAUUUAAAGUUGCUACUCGUAGCAUACUCUUAAAGAAUCAUUCUCGAAGCAUACUCUUAAGAAUCAUUUUCGAGCUGACGGUGUCGUCUAAUGAUUCAGUCAGAAAUAGUAUAUAUGUUGUUUAGAUUCUUUGCAAAAUGUUGUUAGUGAUAUUUUCUUGUUAAAUAUUGCAAAGAGAUGGAAAAACACUCAGUAUAUUAUUGUUAAAUGGCAAAUAUACAUCAUUGUUGAGCAAUGCGUAUUUAAUAUACUGUAAUCAUGUUACUAGUUUUCAUAUUCUAAGCGUUGUUAAUGUACAAAGUUUUAGUAUGCAUGUUGUUGAAAUCAAGACAUUGUUUUGCCAGGUUUAAACAUGUAUGUUGUUGAUUUGCCACAUUUGAACAUUUAUGAAUGUUGUUGAUUUGCCAGGUUUAAACAUUUAUGAUUUGUUAUGGGAAUAUAUAUUGUUAUCUUUAUCAAUAAACAUUAGCCAGAA